AUGAUUAAUAAUAUAAAAAAAACACAGAGAGGUAAAAUAAAAGGAAAAUUUAAUUUAAAAUUUUUAAAAUUAUAUUGGGGUAUAAUAUCUUUAACUUCCGGAUUUUUAACUAAUAAACAAUUUGAUACUUCUAAAUUUAUAAUAAAUAAAUAUAUAAAGAAAAUUGGUUAUUAUAAUAUAUAUAUACAAUGUAUAAAGUCAAUGACUAAAAAAUCUUUUAAAACAAGAAUGGGAGCUGGUAAAGGUCCUAUUGAAUUUUAUGUAUGUAAAAUAAAGAGAAAUAAGUUAUUAUUUGAAAUUAGUAAUGUUUCUAUGGACGUUAUUUAUAAAAUUACAAAAACUUUAUCAUAUAAAUUAAAUUUAAAAUUACAAUAUAUAAAAAAAAUAAUUUAA